AUGAUCAAGGCAAUCUUCUACAGCAAGUUCGAUACAGUAGAGGGACCCAAGGUCGUCCACCAAGUCCCCGACGGAGCUAUCGUUCCCUCGCCUACCGCGCCCUCACAGCCUCUCUUCCUGACCUUCUCCGAUGUCUCUUUCUUCGUGAUCCCCCGCCAGGAGCUCUGUGGAAACCUGCUGCAAGUCUGCACGAAUGGAUACCGUAUUCUAGGCUAUCCUAUCUGCAUGAAGUCGCCGCGCUAUGACCGCAAUGAGUUUAUUUUCAACUUCUGCGUUGUUCUCGCAGAGGAGGACGAUUUCAGCACAUACAAGAGCGUGGUGCAGAAGCUAGCAGACCUGAUGCAUGGCUUGGAAGAGCAGAACGGCUUCUUGUCUCGCGACUUCUCGAAGAAUGACUUGAAUACUCUCAACAUCAAACUCUUCCCUAUAUACCCCUCUCCCCCGCCUGUCAAGGCCUGGCAGGUGCCGCUUUUCAUGUUGCGAUACCAGGCCUUUACGGAUGAGAAUUGGGACUUGACCAUGCAGAGAAUCGUACCACACAUAAAUGGCGUCAACAGCGUCCGCAUCAUCUCCGUUCUAGCCGACACAGACUUCUCCCUCACCUGUCGCGCACUCCGCCAUCUCCUCUACUAUGGCUGUCUCUUCCUCCUAGACAUCUUCUCUUUCUCGGCCAUAUACGCCCCAACAUCCCAAUUCAGCUCAACCAUAGCCUCAGACGAAACAAUGCAACUAGAAUGCGCGCGAUAUGUCAACCUCCGCUUCGCACCCCACGCGCCAAUAGGCCCCUCAUCACCCCUCCCUACAUCCUUCCAAAGCACCAGCGCAAAUGGCAGCACAACAGGCAGCACAUCCCUCACAGACCCACCCAGUCUCACGCGCGAAGAAGCCCGUUUCGACGCCGAAGAAAUCUGGCCCCUCCUCGGCCCAGAAGACUCCGAGUUCCCAUCAACACCUAGCGACACAUCAAACACAACACCCAUCCACAAACCACCGAUUGUCGACGGCGCCACCCUGGUAGAACUCUACGCAAGCUUCAAACAGGGCCAGAGCGUCAAGCAAUGGUACGCGCAGCACAGCCGCUUGCUUGCAAACAUCGACAUCCGCCGCUUUAUCACCUUCGGCGUUAUCAAAGGCUUCCUGUACAGAGUCCAUAAAUACGCUUGUGCAACAGGCCAGCCUGCACCGCCGCCGCGCUCGUCGUCCUUUACGCCGACUGGGCUGUCGUCGCGCGCGACGACAACGGGGACGAAUACCCCAUAUGCUGUUUCGAGUGUUGGGGAGGAGGGGGUGCUCUCCUCGUCUAGGCGGGAGGGGAGCAGGGAGAGGGCUGGGUCGCUGACGGGUGGGUGGAGGGGGCCGUUUGGAAAUGGAAAUGGGAAUGGGCAUGGGAGUGGGGGGACGCCGUCGGCUUUUUGGGAGGACGAGGAAGAGGAAAUUGUCGGGGAUGAGGUUUUGGGGAGAUAUCUUGAUGGAACGCAUUGUUUUGAUCAGAUUUGUACGGAGCUGGAGAUGAGUGAGAGGGAGUUGACAGCUAGGCUGAAGAGGUAUCCUGGAGAGGUAUUGAUUCUUCAUAGGUGA